AUGGGUCUCUGCACCUCAAAGGACAAUAUAGCAGUGAUCACACCUUUGCGAUUCAGAAAGGCCGUCUUGGGUCUCUGCACCUCAAAGGACAAUAUAGCAGUGAUCAUACCUUUGCGAUUCAGAAAGGCCGUCUUGGGUCUCUGCAUCUCAAAGGACAAUAUAGCAGUGAUCAUACCUUUGCGAUUCAGAAAGGCCGUCUUGGGUCUCCGCACCUCAAAGGACAAUAUAGCAGUGAUCGCACCUUUGCGAUUCAGAAAGGCCGUCUUGGGUCUCCGCACCUCAAAGGACAAUAUAGCAGUGAUCACACCUUUGCGAUUCAGAAAGGCCGUCUUGGGUCUCCGCACCUCAAAGGACAAUAUAGCAGUGAUCACACCUUUGCGAUUCAGAAAGGCCGUCUUGGGUCUCUGCACCUCAAAGGACAAUAUAGCAGUGAUCACACCUUUGCGAUUCAGAAAGGCCGUCUUGGGUCUCCGCACCUCAAAGGACAAUAUAGCAGUGAUCACACCUUUGCGAUUCAGAAAGGCCGUCUUGGGUCUCCGCACCUCAAAGGACAAUAUAGCAGUGAUCACACCUUUGCGAUUCAGAAAGGCCGUCUUGGGUCUCCGCACCUCAAAGGACAAUAUAGCAGUGAUCACACCUUUGCGAUUCAGAAAGGCCGUCUUGGGUCUCCGCACCUCAAAGGACAAUAUAGCAGUGAUCACACCUUUGCGAUUCAGAAAGGCCGUCUUGGGUCUCUGCACCUCAAAGGACAAUAUAGCAGUGAUCACACCUUUGCGAUUCAGAAAGGCCGUCUUGGGUCUCCGCACCUCAAAGGACAAUAUAGCAGUGAUCAACUUGAAGCUAUCAUAG